ACACUCAACUGUUUUAGAAGAGCAGUUCCCCAGAUUUCUCCUUGGAGCUGUGAGUGACUACCAUUGCGAGCAAGAGCAAGAGGAAAGCACUACCUGUGAGCAGAUGUCUGGUUCAUUCUCACCCUGUGUGGUGUUCACACAGAUGUGGCUGACUCUACUGGUUGUGACUCCUGUCAAUGGACAGCAUGAUUUUCUGGUGCUGCAAGCUCCACCUGCUGUGUUUGAAGGAGACUCUGUGGUUCUGAGGUGCUACGCAAAGAAAGGCAUAGAAGCAGAGACCCUGACAUUUUACAAGGAUGGUAAAGCUCUGACAUUACAUCCUCAAAGUUCUGAGUUCUAUAUUCAUCGUGCAAAUCUGAAGGACAACGGUCAAUACAAAUGCACUUCGAAGAAGAAGUGGUCUUUUGGGUCCCUCUAUACUUCCAAUACGGUCGUAGUUCAAGUCCAAGAGUUGUUCCCACGGCCUGUGCUGAGAGCCAGACCCUCCCAUCCCAUAGAUGGAAGUCCAGUGACCCUGACGUGUCAGACCCAGCUCUCUGCACAGAAGUCAGAUGCCCGGCUCCAGUUCUGUUUCUUCAGAAACCUCCAGCUUCUGGGGUCAGGCUGCAGCCGCUCCUCGGAGUUUCACAUUCCUGCCAUAUGGACUGAAGAGUCAAAGAGAUACCAGUGCAAGGCAGAAACAGUGAAUUCCCAAGUUAGUAAACAAAGUACAGCGUUCAUAAUUCCAGUGCAGAGAGCUUCUGCGAGAUUCCAAACACACAUCAUCCCAGCCUCAAAGUUGGUGUUUGAAGGGCAGUUGCUGUUACUCAACUGCUCAGUAAAAGGAGUCCCAGGACCCCUCAAAUUCUCCUGGUAUAAAAAGGACAUGCUGAAUAAAGAAACAAAGAUUCUUAAGUCCUCCAACGCAGAAUUCAAGAUCUCCCAGGUGAACAUCAGUGACGCAGGGGAGUAUUACUGUGAAGCUAACAACAGCCGCCGAAGCUUUGUCAGCAGGGCAUUUCCCAUCACCAUAAAAGUCCCAGUAUCUCAACCAGUUCUCACCCUAAGCACAGGCAAGACCCAGGCCCUUGAGGGAGACUUGAUGACACUUCAUUGUCAAUCCCAGAGGGGCUCUCCAUGUAUCCUGUAUGAAUUCUUCUAUGAGAAUGUCUCCCUGGGGAAUAGCUCUAUACUCUCUGGAGGAGGAGCAUACUUCAAUUUCUCUAUGAGCACAGAGCGAUCUGGAAACUACUACUGCACAGCAGACAAUGGCCUGGGAGCCCAGUGCAGUGAAGCUAUAAGGAUCUCUAUCUUUGACAUGACAAAGAACAGAAGUGUUCCUAUGGCUGCCGGAAUCACUGUGGGACUGCUCAUCAUGGCUGUUGGAGUGUUUCUGUUUUAUUGCUGGUUCUCUAGAAAAGCAGGAGGAAAGCCUACCUCUGAUGACUCCAGGAACCCUUCAGAUUCAGAACCCCAGGAGCCCACCUAUUACAACGUACCAGCCUGUAUAGAACUGCAGCCAGUGUACAGCAAUGAGCCUGAGGAAAACGUGAUUUACACAGAAGUACGGAGAACUCAACCAAGACAGAAACAUGCAGAUCAGGAGUCUGAAAGCCCAAGAUCAAGGUGCCAGAUGGCUGAGAAAAAGUAGGAUAUGUCUCCUCCAAGAUUCCCAAGAAUAGAAUGUGCCUGACUCCCACAGUACCCUGUAGAUCUGGCCAAUCAUCUCAGUUUUCAGUGGAGCCAUGGAAUAUGCUCCCAAUACCCUCCAUCUCUUAGAAGAACAAUCUCAGGUUCCAAUCUCGUCCCCGGUGCUUCAGAUCCAAACCUCCAAAAUUUCACAUUAUUUAGUAACAGAUUUGGUGGCACGCUCCUGACAAACUCAAGUCAAGAACCCCCGAGGAGAAUGGCAGACUAGAAGACGUUUCUACGCCACCCUUUAAAUGAGAAGAGCCACAAUAAGAAAAAUAGACACUUCUGAAGAGAAAGAAAGAAGAAACGUUUUAAAAUGCACCAAAAUAGUGUUAAAAUACCUGGAAAGUGGGGAGGAAAGACAGGUAACGCAUGAGAAACAGCCAACGUAAACACAGACCAGCAGCAUGGCUGUGGUGUGGACAGGGUGAACAGACUUCUCAUAAGCUAAAGGAAGCUGCCCUGGUGAGAGAAAACUGGCCGUCCUGCCCUCAGAGCAAGUCCUCAGCCCUCACAAGCCUGAAAACCAGUGGCAGCUUUUGUGAGACAACCAUUCCUCCGGCACUGAGAGAGGAAGCACACCCAGCAGCUGCGUGCGCCUCAGAGCGGAAGUGACCCGGUUUGAAUGAGAAGGUCUCCCACAGGCAUGUGGAUUUGAACUCUUGGACCCCAGAUGCUAGCACAUUUGGAGAGGUUAUAGAACCGCUAAGGUAUGGAACCUUGCUGGAGAAAGCGCGCCCCUAGAGAUAGGCUUCGUUAAGAGUGUAGCCUGCUUCUAGUUUACCCUCAGCUUUCUGUUUGAGGUUGAGGAUUCAAUCAUCCCCGCUUCCUGUUCUGGCCCCUCAGCCUGCCGUGGACUCUGCCUUUGGAACCAGAAGCCAGAAUCGGCAUGUUGUUCCUAAGUGGCUGCUGACUGGCCAUGCCAUUUUCCUCACAGCAACAGAAAAAUGUCUGAUCCAGACGUUGGUACAAAAGAGUGGGUACGG